CUAAUAUCUGCCUCAUCAAUUUCGAAAAUUUAGAUACAAUUUCGAACAUUUCCUCUCCAGUCUUGAUGGUGAUCUCUAGAAAGAUUCAUUUCUAACUCUCCUUCAUUUUCUUAUUAAAAAUGAUGCUGAGGAGCUGUUUUUUAUUCUUGAGUAUCGUAAAAAUUUUAGAGAUUAGUUGUUGUGGUUCUUCUAAGCAACCGGAAGAUGCAGAAACAAUUAGUAACGAAGAUGAUGACUUCCUGGAGAAUCUUGACAAUGCUACCAGGAUUAAAGUUCUCAGAAGAUUGCGUAAACUCAAUCAAACUGUCGCCGAUAAACGUCUUGAAAUUAAAAAACUCAAUCAAUCUCUCGCCGGUCAACGUCUUGAAACUAAAAAACUCAAUCAAUCUCUCGCCGAUAAACGUCUUGAAAAUGAAAAACUCAACCAAUCUCUCGCCGGUCAACGUCUUGAAAUUAAAAAACUCAAUCAAUCUCUCGCCGGUCAACGUCUUGAAAUGGAAAAACUUCGCAACUUUUCCAAAAUUUCAGAGGAAUAUACGAAAUUUCAGUGCGGAGUAAGUGAUGGGCUACGCAGUGUGCAGCGUUUUCUUUAUCAAGUUCAAGAUUUCAAAAGUACAGACGAGUACAAAAAAAAAUAUAUUGCAAUUAGUCCCUCGAGAAUGGAACGUAAAAUAAUGACACGUAUUAUUAAACGUGUUGCUCCUACGAUACAAUUCGAUAGAGUUUAUAAUAACUCGUUACAUAUCUGGCGGUUCGUAAAAUUUAGCACAUCGUCUCUUGCGCUAUCAUUACAACAAAGGCUGUCUUCCGAUGACUAUUAUUUGACCGCGUUUGCAGCUACUUUGCAAAGCGAAUACUACUUAUGUUGUCGGUAUAUGCACACUAACAACAUCGAGCAAAUUCAAACACCGGCCAUUCGAGCAUUCAUGGAAGCUAAACUACAAGGAAAAUCUGUAUCCUUAUGCCAGCUGCUGCAACAACAAAAAAACCAUUGGCCACUCCAGCUGCAGGAUUUAGCAUACCUGAAUAUCUUAAGACAGUCGCUGAAGCCAAAGGAUCCUCCCAUCAACUGGCUGUACACAGACACACCCAAUAACAAAUGUAAAUAUUUGGUCAUGCCCCAGUUAGACCCCAGUGAAGGAUGUGCGAAUCUAGUACUACUUGAUUAUUGAUCCAGAAAGUUUUUCAAAAUUAGAGAAAAAAUAAAAGUCAACUUCAGUUUGUAGACAUUUGAAAAAAGAAAUUCACAAUAGGUAGUCUGCACCAAACACCACGCCUUGUCAUACCCGUUGUCAGUCAAAGGAGUAUCCAGCACUAACUUGGCUGCAUCGCCUAUCAUUGCCCCUUUCAAAUAAUAAAGUUUUCUCACUUUAGA